GUUGGUGCACUUUGUGUGGCUAUGGUGGCUUGUUAUCCAGGCAAUGGAACAGGAUAUGUGCGCCAUGUUGAUAACCCAAACGGAGAUGGAAGAUGUGUUACAUGUAUAUAUUAUCUUAAUAAAGACUGGGAUGCCAAGGUAAGCGGAGGCAUCCUCCGGAUAUUUCCAGAAGGUAAAGCCCAAUUUGCAGAUAUUGAACCCAAAUUUGAUAGACUGCUAUUCUUCUGGUCUGAUCGCCGCAACCCUCAUGAAGUACAGCCAGCAUUUGCUACAAGGUACGCAAUAACAGUGUGGUAUUUUGAUGCAGAUGAAAGAGCACGAGCUAAAGUAAAAUAUCUAACAGGUGAAAAAGGUGUGAGGGUUGAACUUAAUAAACCUUCUGACUCGGUUGGGAAAGACGUUUUAUAAGCCUUUGAUUUAGCAACUCCCCUUGCUAUUCUCCCUGAUAAAUCUUGAUGCUAUCUAUUAACUUUUGAAUGUGAAUAACAAGAUAAAGUAAAAUCAACAACAAACCAACAUUUUAAUAAAGAAGCAAACAGUGUUUCAAUGUUGCAUCAAAUAGAAGAUUUUUUGACUGCUGAAGCAUUGUACUAUGUGAUUGUGACUCCAGGCCUGUGACUGCUUAUGUGAAGAAGAUAAGCAAUCAGUAUGAAACAGCAUAUGCAUCUGGACAUAAACAAGUGCCCUACAUAGAAUUUGUUCAUCCUUAUAUUUUGCCAGACCUGUCAUUCAGCUGAAUCCAAUUCAUCUCUCCCUUUUUUUAUAUGGUAAAAGUUUGAAUUUUGGGUAAUUUUUGUAUGACCAGGUACAGUUUAUCAAAAUUGAGUCUUAAAAAAAAAAAAAAAAAAAAAAAAAAAAAAAAAAAAAAAAUGGGGAAAAAAAAAGAAAAAAAAAUUACAGUAUUCUCCAAAAUAACAUGAAUCUAUUUUUGUAAAACUGUUCAUACUGUUCUCCUCUGCCAUGAAAGACCUAAUUUAAUAUAAGGGUUGCCAGUAACUGAUAAUCACUUUAAUUUUCUUUACACCUUAAGUCAGAAAAGGAGCACUUUAAUUACCAGCUAAAAACCUGAUUGUUUUAUAUCAUAUCUCACACUAAUCUUAACUUUUAAAAAUUGCUGCUGUAUUGUUUUUUGACUAUGUCCUCUUGAACCUUAUUAACAGAAGCAAAUCAGUAUCUUGCUAUUAGUAACAUUCAGUUUGUGGUUUUGUAUGAUGAAUCCACAGAGGGGAAGUUUCAGUCUGUUUUUUUUUGGUUUUGUUUUGUUGUUGUUGGGUUGGGGUUUUUUGGUUUUGUUUUGUUUUUAAGUGACUGGCACUAAGUGAACUUGACACUAUCGGUUGCUGUCAUUGGCUUUGGGGACCUGGUAAAUACCAUCGAGUUACAAGAACAUACAAGGGCUUUCCUAGGCUAUUAGAGGUACCCAGAACCUCCUUAUGUACUUGACAGAAAACUUUGAGCUUUCUCCCUUUUCUAAAGAAUACUUGCCAUCCCCUUUUCCUUUGUAUAUAAGUUAAUAGAAUAUCUAAAAUUCGCUUUUUAAAAAAUUUCCUUUCCAAAUGUUGGUGUCCCGUGCAGUCUUUAAGUUGACACCUUGAUCUAUUAUAUAGUAUCAAGGAAAUGGUCGGCACACUGAAGCUGAAGUGCAUCACUGUAGGCUCCUUGUGCAAUACACCUUUAGAUUUUCACUGUGCUGAAGGAUUUCCCCAAAAAGGCGCUGGCCUUUGAUCAAUACUGAGAUAUAUAUUUAGUAAGAAAACCUUUACUGUCUUUUACAUUGUUUUCAUUUUUUUGAAGGAGAAGGGGACAUCACACAAUAAAAAUGACGUGAGAAACUUCGAUACUCUUAAUUUUAAGAAAUAGAUGUUUUGGACACUGUUUUUUUUCUUCUUUUUCCUGAGCUUUAAAAGCUUCAGAAAACGAAAGCAAACCUAUAAAAGACAGCAUUCAUAUUUACAGGAGUUUGGGGGUUCAUCAACUUACCCACUGCAGUUUUCUAUCUGUCCCUUAUUUCCUUACUUAGCCAAAACAAUGUGAGUGUACAGAAAUAUUUCUGUAUAUAUUACAACUUGUGACAAUUUUAGCAUCUGUAUAGUUUGUAUUCAAUUAGAGACCUUUUCUAUGGAAAGCUCAGUAAUUUUUUAUUAAAAAGAUUACUAUUGUUCAUGUAAAACAUGAAAAAGCUAAUUGUUUAAUAACAAACUGACAGAAAGGGGAAAAAUUCAGUAUUGGUAUACAUUUAGGAGAACCAACAGAAAUCCCAGUUUUGUUUUGAUUUUGCUUUUCCUUUUCUUUCAUAAGUUCUUGCCCUUUACACUAUUCUUCCUCUUUCCUCAUUUCUUCCCAGAGAGAGAAAAAAAGAAAAAAAAAAAAAAAAAAAAAAAAAAAAAAGAAAAAAGACAGGAUUCCUUUACUGUAAGUGCCUCUGCCAACCUGGCCAAGGAGUGCAAAUCUUCGUUACUGUCUUGUCUGCCGUGCAUUUAGGCUAUCAAUGAGACAAGCAAAAAAGCCACCUCUUCUACUUCAACUUCUUUAAUACUACUUUAAUGGAGGUUUGGUUGGUUUUGAUUUAGAAAUGUACAGCAUAAGCCUUUAAACUCUUUUCAGUCCCUCUGUAAUUCAAACUUUUGCAGUUACACAACGUAUCAAAUUCUAAUCGCACUGUAGGUUUGUGCUUGCCAGACAGGUUUAAAAAGUGCUUAACUUUUCACUCCAUGUAAGUCAUUGCAAUAGGGUCAACAAAUCAGGUCAGCCAUUUCUUCAGUGUCCUUUAGAAACUGUUCAUUUCAUGUCGGUUGAAUAUUCAGUCUUGAGCAUCACCAAGCAGGUCCUUGUUUUAAAAAUAUUUUUUAAACUGUCUUAUGAUCUGUAUGUGUCUAGUCCUGGUUAAAGAUAAAGCUUCAUAAUGCUAUUUUUAUUCAUGAUGUUAGCCAGCUGUAAAAUAUGAGACCUUUAUCUAUAGCAGGCAAAAAAAUUCAGGAUUCAUUUACAGGUUGCCUAUAAAGUUGUGUAAUUUGAAAAGCAGUGUUCAUUAUGAAAGAGCUCUCAAGUUGCUUGUAAAGCUAAUCUAAUUAAAAAAAGAUGAUGUAUAAAGGUUCUUGAAAA